UUAUAAAAUAAUGUAUGGUAAAAAAAAAACAUAUGUUCUAAGAUAUCUAAUUUACUUUUUUUUAGCUGAAGUCUUCAAACUAUUUAUGCAUUUAUACCGAUUUGUGAAAACAACAUUUACAACGAUUUAAAAGUGUAAAAGCAUUAACUUAAAAGUUUAGGAAAUACGGCGCUGUAUAACGGCCAUUGCACCGAAUUUUAAGCGCACAGCAACUCAAGCUGAACAACAGAAGCGUUUUAUUUCAUGAAGCGCCAAGCAUUGAUUUCACAGUUGUACAACAGGCAACAAACAAGCACAAAACGAAAAGGCGGUGUAGGUACAUGAAAAUUGCACACAUUUAUUUAUAAUCACAUAUAGGCGACUAUAAAUCAGUAGAGAAAAGAUAAAUUGAAAAUAAACGCAAACGAAUAAUAAUUUGCAGCUUGUGCAAUCCAGCUCAGUAGGAGACUGACUUCGCAGCUCUCCAAUACUGAAAAUAUUAACGCGGAACUGAAAGGUACAGAAGCAAGGAUUUUUUCAUAUAAAUGAUAACGACAUAAAGUACAAGAAUUAAUCCCUAUCGUCUUAACUAAAGAAAAUAUUAAUUUUUAAAGUUUGAAAAUCAGUUAGUUAAACAAAAUGAAAUUCGACGCGGCAGAAGAAGCUGAAAUUGAUGAAUUAUAUGAGUGGUUUCAACAAAAUCCAAAAUUGCCCAAAGAAAUUGAUCGCGUACUUUUGAAACGCUUCUAUAGAUGCAUGUACGGUGACUUAAAAGGCACCAAAAAGCUUAUACAAAUUAACUACAGUUUGCGGAAUAAGCACCCACACAUCUUUUUGGAACGUGACCCAACCGAUCCGGAUAGCAAGCAAACAUUUGAUUAUGCAGAUUUGGUGCCACUUCCUGGACUUACAUCAGAGGGCUACAAAGUGAGCUGUUAUCGCAUGGUUGACAUGGAUCCAGGAAAGGUCAAUCACAGCGCCGAUACUAAAGCAUUUUUCAUGGUCUCUGAUUGUCGGUUCAAUAUGUAUGAUGGCAACGUUUCCACCGAGGGACAUUUAGAAACAUUUGCCAGCGGUGAAGUGCAAAUAUUCGACAUGAACGGCUAUACAUUGAAACAUCUGAGUAAGAUGACCUUCAGCACACUGCGUAUAUACAUGGCGUUCCUACAAGAGGCACUACCCGUGCACUUAAAAGCCAUACAUAUUAUCAAUUGUCCGUCCUAUUUGGAUAAAGUAGUGAGCAUCAUGAAACCAUUUAUCAGUCGUGAAGUCUUCAAAUUGAUUCAUUUCCAUACCGAUAGCUUGGAUAGUUUGUACGAGCAUGUGCCUCGUAGUAUAUUACCGGAGGAAUAUGGCGGAAAUGGUGGCAAAUUGGCGGAUCUAAAGGCACAACUUCUAACGGAGUUAUUUCGCAAGCGCGAGUAUCUGAUGGACCCAAAUCAUUGGAAGGUCGAUAGAGAGAAGGAAAAUACCGAACGUCGCCGUUGGCCAUUUAAAUCAUAAAUUUUCAUGUUCAAUUUAUUAAAACAAUUGCUUAGAAAAUAACCUUUACAUAUAUAUACUCUUACUAUACUCUACCAAACCAUACUAUUUUUCAAGUGUGUGCAUAUAUUUAUAACCCAUUUAUAAAAAUAAAUUUAUAUUAUGUACUUAUUACUACUUAAAUAGUAAGAUUUUACCUACAUUAAAAUAAUAUUCCA